AGGAGUCUUGUUCCAGAUGCUAUAGCCUACAAUUCAGAUCAACAUGAAAUAAUCGGAGGGAAAGGGGGUCGUGUAAUCGUCCGGCAGACUGAGAAUGGACUCAGCGGUAGGAGUGGAGUCUGUCUGAUAGGCCCUAAAGAACAGGUGGUGCGCCGUGGACAUGGGGAAUUGCUGCCGGGCCCAGACCCAAAAUAACCUUGAAUACGGAGAUGGUCUCCCAAAAGUAAAAAUCAAGAACCAUUGUGUCAACGCCAAAAGUGAUGGCAAACCUGAGGCCAAGACCGUGGAGAGGCGCGAGAGCAAUACGCUUCAGAAUGACUCUGUAACAACAUGCAAAGGGAAUGAUGCCUAUCCAGUGGAUGUGAGGACUAUGCCUCGCCCAGGAGGAAAGAGCCCAAAUAGUUUUCGGGGUUCUGCCAAAUCAGAUCGCAGUCUGCAGAAGUCAACAGUAGGCCUACAGUCGACUUCCCCUUCAGGCUGUCAAGGCGAAUAUCAACCUAAAAGGGUUAAAAAACAAGCUAGUCGACAUGGAGAUGACCCUCACGUGAACUGUUCGCAGCUGAAAGCGGCAAAUGCUGUAGAGAGCAGAGAAAAGGCUGUGGAACAAAAUAAUGAGAGGCUGGCCAGGCUGGGGGGAACCAUGGAGAGAAGAACAAGGCCUACCACAGAAACACCUUCCACGACUCAGGACAAAGCCACUGAACAAAUAGGCUCUGGAGAACACAAACCUCCUCUCAGCCCCCGGGUGCCAGAAGAGGACAAGAGUGAGGAUGAUCUUUACAGGGGAGAGGAUGAAAUCGAGCAAGAGCGAAUUGCCAAAGCUUCAUCAGAAGAACACACCUUUCCUGGCAGUCAACCACUGUUAGUGUCUUCAAAGGACCAGUACAGUGUGGAAGACCCUGUGGACCUCAUGACGUAUAGUCAGAGAGAGUGGAGGGGCAACACCGCCAAAAGUGUCCUUAUCAGGAAGGGUUAUGAGAAGAUAUCCCAUGAGUUCAGCCAGCUACGCAGAGUGAGGGGAGACAACUACUGUGCCCUGAGGGCUACUCUCUUCCAGCUCCUUAGCCAGUCUACUCAACUCCCCAAAUGGAUCGCUGGCCAUGAUAUGAGCCUGUUGCCAAAGAAGCUUCCGUUGGAUCUUGUAGAUCAGUGGACGUUUCCCUUUGAGAAUCAGGGCAGUUCCAAGGGAGCCGUGGAACAACUGGGACACUACCUGAAGCUGCUGAAGAAGCGGUGGCAGGAGGCAGUGGAGGCUCGCGGGCCGGAGAGGGAGAAGCUGUGCAAGGCGGUGUUCCAGGGUGGGGAGGAGGAGUACGGCCUGCUGGAGGCCCUCAAGUUCCUCAUGCUGUGGAAGGCCGUUGAGCUCCAUGGAGCCAGCGACCGCGGCGACGCAGUUCCGGAGUUCUGCUGGCUGCUGUUUGCACGCGACUCCUCCCGUUGUCCAAAGACUCUCCUGACCAAUCACCUGCGACACGUGGGCUUCAGCGGAGGGCUAGAGCAGGUGGAGAUGUUCCUCCUCGGCUACUCCCUGCAGCAGACCAUCCAGGUGCACCGCCUGUACAAGAUGGACACAGAGGAAUUCAUAACAUACUACCCGGAUGACCACAAACAGGACUGGCCUCACCUUUGCCUUCUGACAGAGGAUGACAGACACUAUAACGUCCCAGUUCCCAAGACACCAAGAGCAAAAGCGAACUCCUCAGGGCCCUCUUGGCGUGUGCCCUCAGGAACUACAGCUAUGCAUGGACACUCCAGCAACAAGACAGGACAGUCCAAGAAGUGACCUGUUAUUGCAUCAUAUAUGCCCAUCUCUGACAAUCAUAAGUCUGGAAUCCUGUUAUCCAAUGCUAAUGACCUUUUUUUUUUUAGGUUAGGAAUGUGUACGGUAGGUGUUAAUGUUUUUAUUUUAUUUAUAAUUAUAUUGUUUAAAUGUAUUGUUUGCAUUCAAAUGUGAAUGCUUUAAAAUUAAAUAUAGUUUCUGCUGUAAUUUUGAUGUUUCUGUUAUUCCAAAAUAUGUCUGUCAAAGUUUUGUAUUGAUUAAGUUUUGUUAAUAGACCAAUUGCUGAUGUUUGAGUGAAUGAAUUACAGAAAUAAAAUGUCUUUACCGCCGAGA